UGGGGUGAACUGAUUAACUGUGUUGCAGGGAACAGUUUUGCAACCUCAUCUCUACCUAGUGGAAGAUUAUUAACGUCUUGUGUAACACUUUAUAACACUUGCAUAUGAACCUAGCUGUGUUUUAAGGUACUCUGUACAUAACCUAAGGUAUCAGUAUUAUUUAAAAGGUGCAAAAUACGACCCUAGUAAAGAUCAUUCAUAGCCGCACUUGAGUGUAACUUAUUUUUCUAACAUUGGGGCUUUUCACAUAGUCUUUUUCAUCCGCUCCAAAUAACAUAAAAGCCGUUCUCUCCUUUUUAGUGGUGCAGUAACAUUUUUUUGAGUCUAAAGCCGUGCCGGUUCUGGUGGUGUGCACAUACGAUUGCCUCCGAGAUGUGGUAUCUCGGCUGCGGUUUUCGAGAGAGCAGGGGAAAAGACGCUCGCCGCGUUACAGCAUGUAAGAAAACAGACGAGGGCGCCAAACGACAGCAAUAAACCCGGCCGCAGGCUUCCGCUCCGCCUCCGCCCCGCCGGGACCGGCGGCCGGGCCCCCGCCGGCUGCGGGGCCGGGCACGGCGGGGAAGAGAGGGGCUGCGGAGCCGGGCGGGGCGGUGCCGGCUGCCGCCGGCAGGGCGCCUGCUCAGCCGGUUCGCAGGGCACCGCGGGGACGCCCCGUCCCUCCGGGAGCGCCCCGCCAAGCCGCAGCUCUCGGCCCGGCCGGGGAGCCCGAGGCCCCGCUCCCCUCCGCGAUCAUCGGCGCGCUCCUCCGCCGAGCCCGCGGGCAGGGGAAAGUUGACAUUUACUCCUGUCUGGUUUGGGGGCCAUAAAACGCAGGACACCAUACUGCAGCCCAAGUUCACAUUUCAAAAGGUUGACAUAAAACUCUUAUUAAUAGAAGGCUGGAUUUUGCAAACAACGCCUAGAAUGUUUUUUAAGUAUUUGGUGUAAUGUUGAGGGAGACUUUAGACUUUAACAUGUUAUUGAGUAAAAUCUGACAAGUAUCCUAUUUUCGAACUAUGAAUCAUGAGCAAGAGCACAAGAACUUAGGAGAUGCGUGUGACCAAGAUUAGCCGGAAUAGCUCCCCUCAUUAACAAAAAAAAAAAACAAACAACAAAACAACAAAAACAAAACAAAACAAAACAAACCCGCUUUUAAUCACAGAAAACAUUCGGGUGUUUCUCCGGGAGAUGAAACUCGUAUUCCCAGGGUCUAAACACUGGAUGAUGUGGGUGAAAAAAAAAUCACGGGGACAAAAAAGAUUGGGCAGCUAUCGAAGCGCACUCCAGAGAUGCUAACGACAAAGGAUUUAUCUUCGUUUAAAUGGUUGCCAUCAGCGUCAUUAUUACUAGCAAAGUUACCACUGAAGGGAGACUUUCCGACUGUCACGCCUGCCGAGCGCGGCAGCCCGUGUCUCCAGCAGCGCGGCGACGCUUCGCCCCCGGUACCCGGCAGAGAGCGGAGGGAUGAGCUAACUGAGCCACAGGUAACUUUGGAGAGAGGGUGUUAAGGUGAUGUUUCUGACAGGUCCGAGCCUGUAGGCAAUAACCCCCCAUCCAUCAUUUAAUUCUAUGAUUAAUUUUAAAUUUUCAAAUGCUUAGGUUUUAUUGGUGGUGGGGAGGAAAGAAGCAGAGGGCUGGAGUGAAACCUGCCGGGAGAAUGAAAUGGACGCCUACGGAGUGUUUUAAAUCACGAAUGCAUUUAAUGUUCUUCAGUUAUUUCCUUCCCCUAUCAUACCGUACAGGAGUCAGUAUUUUCCCAGAGGGAAGAAAAAUCCCGGGGUAGCUUCGUCGAUAAGCAGGAUUAUAGAAAGUAAAAAUGAGAUCAUAUUUAGGACGCAACGAAGACAAAGAUAAUAGAGUUGUAAUAUACUAGAUUGUAGCAAAUAUUUUAGUCUCCAGGUAACUGCUGUAGGUACAUUUGAAUCUGGGCAGCAGACUUAUAAAGUCUGGGCAUAAGGUUCGCGCGUGUGAGGGGGUGCGUGGGGGUGUCAGUGUAAAUUCCUAAAUAAAAGUACUAAUGUGGUCUGGAAAUGGGAGGGAAAAGUAAAGAGAGAUCACCGGCAGGAGGUUCUGGAUGGUCUGGUCCUCUUCCAGCAUUUUCUUGCGUUGUGAUCUAAAAUUCGCCUCAGAAAUAAUAAUAAAGAAAAGCAUUAUCUAAUAUUUAGCAUGUAGUUCUGUCCGAGGACAAAUGAGAAAGAAGCUGCAUCAUUAGGACCUAAAAGGCAACAAAACAAAAAUCAGAGCAUAAUGAUGCACCUAAAUGAAGGGGGAAAUGUUGCACAGCUCAUUUUAUUAAUCAGACUGUCAAUUCCACCCCAGAGGCCAAACCCCAGAGCAAUUCAAGCAGGAUCUGAUCAAGCUAAGGACAGGAGCUUUACUCCUCACUUCUUGUCUUUCUUUCUUUCCACCUGGAUAUAUUUGUCUGCUCUGAAGCCGCCUUCAUUAUCCACUGACAGGAGCUUGUAUUUAUUUGCUUAUAAACCUGUUACAAUAAAUGAUUAUUCGAACAGCGUCAUUCGUACCUUAAUGACGAGCACCACUUUUUGAUGAAUGACAUUUCGGGCUAGAAAGGAUGUAUGGGUCAUUUUGACCAGUCAUUCCCUCGCUUUGGCAUCCCACAAUUUUUACACCUCCCUCAAAAACAGAUAAUAAUAUUUAGAGACACUUGCCGGGCUGAAUGUGAAUUAGCCCCUGCUGCAGCUCAUCAUUAGUACAGGACCAGCCCUGCAACUUUGACAUUUUUUAUAAAGCUGAGAUGAUGGAAAGAAUAAGAAAAGAGAUGAUCCUGAUGGAGAGAGGGCUGCACAGCCCUACAGCUGGCAAAAGGCUCUCGAAUUUGUCAGACUCAGCUGGAAAUGCGGUGUUGGAGGCCCUUGAAAAUUCUCCGCACAGUGGUCGCCUCAGCCCGAGACUGACUGCCGCCUCCCUACACAGCGCUAUAGGGGACAUCUCCGCCAAAGGCAAAUUUGAAAUAGACACUUUAUUCAACCUCCAGCAUCCGAGCAGUGAAAGCACUGUCUCCUCCGAAAUCCCGCCGUCGGAAAGCAGGAAGAAAAUCAGCCUUUAUUCCGAAGUUGCUCAAGAGGCAGAGAUGAACAGUGAUGUGGAGGUGGGCUGCUCCGCGCUCCGCUCCCCGGCCAGCCUGACUUCCUCCCAGCUGAAGGAAAACAGUAACAAAGGCUACGCGGAGAGCAGCCCGACGCCCAGCGCCCCCGCCGCCGCCGCCGCCCCCGCCGCCGGCAUGGGCGGCCUGCACAGCGGCGGCGCGCUGGGCGGCUCGGCGGCGGGGGCCGACCAGGUGCGCCGCUACCGCACCGCCUUCACCCGGGAGCAGAUCGCCCGCCUGGAGAAGGAGUUUUACCGCGAGAACUACGUGUCGCGGCCGCGGCGCUGCGAGCUGGCCGCCGCCCUCAACCUCCCCGAAACCACCAUCAAGGUGUGGUUCCAGAACCGGCGGAUGAAGGACAAGCGGCAGCGCCUGGCCAUGUCCUGGCCCCACCCGGCCGACCCCAGCUUCUACACCUACAUGAUGACCCACGCGGCGGCUACGGGCAGUCUGCCCUACCCUUUCCAUUCCCACGUCCCGCUCCACUACUACCCGCACGUCGGGGUCACGGCCGCCGCCGCUGCCGCCGCCGCCUCGGGGGCCGCCGCCGCGCCCUUCGCCACCUCCAUCCGCCCGCUGGACACUUUCCGCGCCCUCUCGCACCCCUACUCCCGCCCGGAGCUGCUCUGCAGUUUCCGACACCCCGGCCUCUACCAGACGCCGGCCACCGCCGGCCUCAACAGCAGCGCGGCCGCCUCGGCGGCAGCGGCGGCGGCGGCGGCGGCAGCGGCGGCGGCGGGCUCGGGGCCGCCGGGGGGCUCGGCGCCCUGCUCCUGCCUCAGCUGCCACAGCAGCCAGACGGCGGCGGCGGCGGCCGCGGCGGCCUCGGCGCUGGGCUCGAGGGGCGGCACGGCCGCCGAGUUCCCGUGCACGGCGGCGGGGCAGCGCUCCGAGAGCGGCUUCCUGCCCUACUCGGCCGCCGUGCUCAGCAAGGCCGCAGUGGCCUCGCCGGACCAGCGGGAGGAGGCGCCGCUCACCAGAUAACUACCCCGGC